AUGAGCGACGUCCCUGAAAGCACGGCAGUUAUGGAGCCCGAAGAAGUAGAGUCUGAUCAGCAUCCUGCUUCCCUCGACACCCACUCCUACGAGUCCUCCGAGCCUCCAGAAAGUGUGGUAUUAGUGCCACUCAGACAACCCGAAUUCGGUACUCACCCAGCUUCUCCCGACACCCAUCAUGAGUCCUCUGGGUCCCCCGAAUUCCCAGAAGAAGUGGCAUUGGCACCACUCAGAGAAGCAGAAUCUGCUACUCACCCAGCUUCUGCUGAUACCCAAUCCCACGAGUCCUCCGAGUUUCUAAAAGGCGUGGCAUUGGCACCACCCGAAGAACCAGAAUCCGAUCGUCACCCACUCUCUUCUGAUGCUUACUCUCACGAAUUCUCUCGUCCUCUAGGAGGAUUGGCGUCGGAGCAACUCAGAGAGCCAGAAUCUGAUAAUCACCCAGUUUCUUCUGAUAUUUACUUGCACGAGUCCUCUGAGCCUCCAGGAGGCGUGGCAUUGACACCACUUGAAGAACCUGAAUCUGAUGGUUACCAAGCUUUUACCGGAACUCACCCCAACGAGUCCUCCAAACAGGCAGGAAGCUUGACGCUAGUGUCACCCAGAGAAGAACCCGAUUAUCACCUAGCUUCUUUCGACACGCACUCCCAGGAGUCCCCCAAACUAGGGCGGUCACCCUCACCAGCCAAUCCCUACGCUACGGCGCCCGUCACCCUUAGACUAGGCGAUACCUUCUAUACAAUCCCAGAAUAUUUCCUUCGUCCCUACAGUCACCUCCGGUACGAUCCCCAUGGUAAGACAGGAACCUACGAGGACCCUCAUACCGGAUGUCGCAUAUCAUACCAUGCCUGGUUGAAGGCCCAUCCUUUUGGCGCGCGCACAAUCGUCCAUUAUCUCUACACCGGCGAAUACCUGGCGAUCGACUGUCCUCCGCUUGAGGGCGGCGCCACUACAGCCGCAGAACAGAGCCGGAUUUACCUGGAAGAUGAGUUCCUGCGUGCCGCUUUCACGUACACCGACGCCGCGCGGUUCGAGAUAUCUGGAUUGAUGAAAAUAGCGGGAACCCAGCUGGAGGAAGUUGGAAGGAGGGUUUCACUGCUGCUGGUCUUGAACAUUGCGCGAGCGACGUAUUUAAUGGAUUCGCUCGAGAAGGACGAUGGCUGGUAUAAGGGCUACCUGAAGAGGAGGUUGAUGGUCGAGUUUGCGAAAAAUAGAAGGAGUUUCAGGGAAGUGUUCUGGAAGUACGGGGUUGGGUUGAAUGCGAGGCUUGAUAAGUUUCUGAUGGAUGAGGUGUUGCGUCUUUAUGAGCUUGCUGAUGCCAAGGCGAAUGCCAAUGAGCCGGCUGAAGAGAGUUCAGGUGCGAGGGAGACCAUGGGGUGCGAUGGUGAAGGUGAGGCUGUGGUUUGAUGCUUCGCAAGAAAAAGAACUACGUGAGGAGUAGAAGGUAGGCCAGUCUGUCACGUUGUUCUUCGGGGGAAAGCGUAGUCGGAUAGGAAGUGUGCUGGGGACCGAAAGGUUGCUGGACAGCAUACCGGAGGUCAUUGAUUUCUUGUUUUUUUAGGUAGUUAUAGAUGCGCUCAAGUAUAUAAAUUCACUCG